AUGGAGGUAAUUCACGGCAGGCCCUACUACUGCAGGGAGCUUGAAGGAGCUGACAUCUUGUCAGACACCUUUUACUCUAAUGAAUUGCACACUCCACUACAAACAGCUGUUCGCCCAACUGCCUCAGAGGACAGAUAUCAGGAAUUAAGGGAGUCGCUCCAACGAUGUAGGCUCCCCUGGGGCACUGAAAGGGAAUAUGGUGGGGUGAUACCCAUUUCACUUCCUGAGGAACACAGGCCAAAAUGUGAACCUCCUCGUGUCAUGGGCAAAGGACAUCAGCAUUAUGGAUUUGGCGGAGAAACCUGGGCAAGAAAGCUUCCUGUUGAACAAUUCUAUUAUUUGUCACAGAACAAAAAAAGUGAUGUCUAUGGAGAUGACUCUUUGAUGCCCAAACCACCUAAUUCAACAGUAAGAGAAAUCUGCUCCCCGUACCCGAUCGAACACCCCUACCACACACACAUCUCUCGCGGUGCCACGUUUCCGACCUUUACGUCACCUAAGGAUCUCUACACUGGCAUUAAAGCCCGAAGCCAACGGCCGUUUCCUCCCACUGUGCCAACGAAGGCUUAUGAUACAACAGUUUUGAAGACAAGAGGUAAUCCUUACAGAUACGAACUGCUUGAUUUUCCCAUGGAUUCAGAGAAGAAAGCCUUGGCUUGGCCAGGACAGGGUGUAUAUUAUGAUUUUCCUGAAUGUGUUGAGAAAAACAAGCCAAUAUUCUACCCAAAACCACCUAAAACCUUCGCUCCUAACACUUCUUUAAAUUCGUGGGACCCUAUUAACUCUCUGAAAGAAGCCAACAUACAAAGAAAUCUUGAGAGGUCCCACUGGAUCACUUCGUACAAUCAUGAUUUUACAGGUCUGGGGCCCAUGAACCCCCUUGAACUGGAUGAUUACCAUGAAAAGGAGGUAGCAGAGUUAACUGGACAGAUAGGAUUUGACCCAGAGCCUCAAGAAAAAUUCCAUCCUGUCUUAAAACCCACCCAACCCUUGGAAGGACGAAUUGCCCGAUUGAUUCAGAACCGACGUCCUUUGGAGGCUGUUGUCCAAAAAAGACCACCUUCCUGUCCCGAUUGUACCCCUAGAGUUUUGUGUACUUUUCAUACCUUAGUACCCAGUUCUACAGAAAUGAUGGCUCUCAGAAAUAAUAUGCCCACAGGUGUGACCCAUAAAAAACAGAAAAUUGAAGACAAGAUUAAGGAAGAACAAAGCUUGCUAUCUACCUAUGCAUUUCCAUCUUGUUACCCAGCAAAAGAUCUGGCUAAUAUUUCUGACAAACCAUUUCCAAAAAUCACGGAUACUAAAAAGACAGAAGAUUUGUACUGGAGACAGCUGUCAUUAAAGCCCCAAACUAUACCUUACUUUAACCCAGACCAUUACAUUCAGUAUGAACAUUUAAAUCAGUAUAACAUGUGUCAAAACCCCGUAAGCCUUAGUAAGCAUGGUCUUUUACAAAAUAAAUCAGACUUGGAAGCUUUCAAUUUAGAACAUUUUUUAAGUAAGCCAGAACGGUUGACCUUGAAUAUGGGAAACGAUGAAGAAACAAGACCUAUUCUAGGUUGGAUUCCUAGAGCUGGAGUGGCCAAGCCUCAUACCAACCUGCUGGAGCUUAAGUACUCUUUUUCAAAAACUGAGGCACAAAAACGUUUCCAUAAAUCAAUUCUAGAAGACUAUAAAGACCUCAGGGAUAAGGAGCAUUCAGGGAAGAAACACCAAUUCUAUGGCCAUAAUUCUUAUUAUUUCUAUAAUUGA